AACUUUGCUCUCAGCUCUGAACUGAAGUUAAACCCUCACUCACUUGUCACGUUUUCGCACAUAGCGUGAGCCAUGGGUGAGGGCGAGGUAUCUGCUGUAACACUUGGGGCCAAGGCUUCAUCUCUCUCUUCCUCCUCCGUCUACGCCGUUGCUAGUGGCCGCUCUCAGGUGCGGAUCGAUUCAUCUGCGCUCGAUAGGCUCUCCUCCACGGCGUCGUUUAAGCAUAAGAUCGCCGUCCCCGAUUUUCUAACCCUAGAGGAAUCCAGGGCCUUCCUUGUGGUGCUUCUCAACAGGCUCCUCCUCUGCAAUUCCCCCGGUCGUAUUCCCCAACUGAUUGCCGAAGCGCUCAAUUCGAAGCCGCAGAGUUUCCGAUUCGAAGAAUUCGACGUCACUGAAGCCGAGCUUUUUGUGCUGAACAAUUCUUGUGCUGCAUUGCUUGGGGUUUCUGCCAUUUUGGACCAUCAAUCCACGGCGUUAUCUGCGGUUGCGGAUGUUGCGGCUGCGUUUUCGUGUGAGGCGUUGAAAGCCGAUGUAACGGCCUUCAAUUUGAUGGAUUCCGGUGAUGGACACACCUCCAAGGAGGAAGUUGGAGUCGCCAGUGAUAUGAGGGUUCUGCUUAACGGAUCCAAGUUGGUUGGAAAGGAGAAGAUUCGAUCAGUUACGAGAAUUCGCAAAGUUCAUGGAACUAUGAGGGAGCAAGUGAAAUCGGUGCAUUCUAAGAUGCGGGUUGAGUUGAAUUCAGGGUUUAAAUUGGUGGAAAAUGAGACUGGGAGUGAGCAAGCUGUGUGCACGGUGCUGUUGCCGUUGGCUGAAGCACUGAGGGAACUUGGUGAGGGUAGUUUUGCUCGCGCCCAAAGUAAUUUGGUGUCCAUAGGUAGUAUUAGCAAUGAUCUGAAAUUGAGUCUUGGUGAAAUCUUUGGAAAGGAAUGCCCAACUGAUGCUGGUUUAAGCAGUGGUUUUAAAGCUGCUCUAAACUUGGUUUUUGGAAAGGAAUAUGAGAAGUUUGCACAUGAAGUCAAGGUGCUGUUGGCACUUGUGUGGAAAGUUGUGGCAUGGGAAGCUGUGACGGCAAUUGUGGUACUCGAGGCUGCUGAGCUGAAUGAAAAGAUCCAAGGUGUUCAGGGAAAUGGAGACAAUUCAAAAGUAGAAAAGAAGAAGAAAAAGGUUGUUUUGGGGAAAGGAACUAGUUCGAUUUUGCUAUUGAUCAAGGACAGGUUAGAGAGGGAAAGACAGAAUGCUGUUGAGAAUUCACGGUUAUUGGAGAUAUGGGUGGGAGAGUUUCUUUCAUUUUUGGACAUGGCUGAACCCGAAUUUAAUGAAUUUUUAUUGGAAGUAAAGGAUAUUGUAGAAAGCAAUGAAAGCAGAAGAUUACCCAAGAUUCCUAAGGGGACACGUGAUUUUGCUAAAGAACAAAUGACAAUUAGAAAGAAAGCGUUUCGAAUAAUAGAAGAAGUUUUUGAGAGGCAUGGUGCCACAGCCUUGGAUACUCCUGUUUUCGAAUUGCGUGAAACUCUCAUGGGGAAAUAUGGAGAAGAUUCAAAGUUGAUUUAUGAUCUUGCUGACCAGGGUGGGGAGCUCUGUUCUUUGAGGUAUGACUUGACAGUUCCAUUUGCUAGGUUUAUGGCUAUGAAUGGCUUGACAUCUUUAAAAAGGUACCAGAUAGCUAAGGUCUACAGAAGAGACAACCCAUCUAAGGGAAGAUACCGUGAAUUUUAUCAAUGUGACUUUGAUAUUGCUGGUCCAUCUGAAAAAAUGGGUCCAGACUUUGAGGUUGUUAGAAUUUUGACUGAACUGCUAGAUGAGCUGGACAUUGGGGAAUAUGAGAUAAAGUUGAAUCAUAGAAAGUUACUGGAUGGCAUGAUGCAAAUAUGUGGAGUACCACCUGAAAAGUUUAGGACUAUAUGUUCAAGCAUUGACAAGUUAGACAAACAGCCUUUUCAACAGAUAAGAAAAGAAAUGGUUGAAGAGAAAGGAUUAACUGCUGAGACGGUAGACAGAAUUGAAACUUUUGUUAAAGAAAAAGGAUCUCCUUUGGCAUUAUUAUCUAAAUUUAAACAAGAGGGCAGUGCUUUGUUAGAAAAUGCUGGAUCUCUUGAUGCAUUGAAUGACCUGGAAAUUUUAUUUAAAGUUCUGGAAAAAUCAAAAUGCAUUGAUAAGGUGGUUUUUGACUUGAGUCUUGCCAGAGGUCUGGAUUAUUAUACUGGAGUUAUAUUUGAAGCUGUUUUUAAAGGGGGUAGUCAGGUCGGUUCAAUUGCUGCUGGUGGCCGAUAUGAUAACCUGAUAGGGAUGUUUGGUUCAAAGCAAGUUCCAGCAGUUGGUGUCAGUCUGGGAAUUGAAAGAGUAUUUGCAAUAAUGGAGCAAAAUCAGAAGGAUCAGAACCAGAUGGCUCGACCAACCAAGACAGAGGUCCUAGUGAGCAUAUUAGGGAGUGACCUAUCACUCGCUGCAGAGCUGGCAGGUGAACUGUGGGAUGCUGGAGUGAAGGCAGAAUUCUUGGUCAAUAAAAGGAGACAGAAGCACUUCGACUAUGCUAGAGAAUCAAGGAUCCCAUGGAUGAUAUUUGUUGGUGACCAGGAAAUAAAAGAAGGCGUGGUGCAAUUGAAAGACCUUGAGGCCAGUAAUGAUGUAAGCAUUCCUAGAGGAAAUCUUGUGGAGGAACUUCGGAGACGUUUAAACCCAUAAACCCCAGUAUUUGCCGGAGCCAACUUUGCAGUUCAUCAUUCACUUUUACAUCAGAAUUGAGAGUAUAGGUUUAUGACAAUUUAGGAUUGUUUUCAUGUUCAUUUACGUAAGUUAGUCGAGGAAAUGACAUAUUUUAUCGAGAUAUUGAUUUUGUUUUGUAUCUGUUUAAUCCUAACUUUGGACUUUGGA